AUGGCCACAGAAGCCCCUGUGAACAUAGCACCACCUAAACCCAGCACUGUUGCCAGCACAGCCACCAAGAGCUUCCUCUGGCAGCCAAACUCACUAAAAAUGCAUGUCAUCAGACCCAAGUCCGCCAAGGGCAGGAAGCGGCCAAGUCUGCACAAACCCCAGGGUACAGAGGAGAGCUCUCACUGCACACCUUCCUGUCCAUCUACAGCCAGUUCCUCCGAGUUGCCAAGCAGCCAGAGACCAGGAACCUGUGCACCGGCAUCUGCUCCUCCGGGAGCCUUCGAUGAGAUCCCAGAGCUGCUGCACCAAGUGCCCACUGGGGCCUCCUCUUCUCUCAAUAAGUACCCGGUCCUCCCUUCUAUCAGCAGAAGGAGCGUCGAGGAGGGGACUGUGGAUACAGUGGUGAAAAAGGCCAGUUCACUGCAACUGAGUAGUAUCCAGGCUCUUUACCAAGAGGAGGCCUGCACCUUGAAGACAGGCAAAGAAGAUUCUAGAGCUCUAGCUUGUUCCCCGGAGAGGAAAUUCAUCAUCCAAACCAAGAGACAGGGAUUCUCCAUGGCUGGAAGCCUGGAGGAACCAUCAGACCAAGAACCCAGGCUGCUGCUAGCUGUCAGAUCACCAUCAGGCCAAAGGUUCGUGCGCCAUUUCCGGCCCACUGAUGACCUACAAACUGUUGUUGCCGUGGCAGAGCAGAAGAACAAAGCCACCUACCAACACUGCAGCAUUGAAACAAUGGAGGUGCCCAGGAGACGUUUUUCUGACCUCUCUAAGUCUCUGCAGGAGUGUGACAUCCCCCACAAGUCAGUGCUGGGCAUCUCUCAGGAAGAGGGGGAGGGGUGGGUCUCCCCCUCUGGUCUCUGAGCCAGGAGCCAGCUUGGGCGGCAAAGCCUCCCGCACAGCCUGGUUCCAAGUGCCAUGUGAGCCUGGUGCAGCUGUGCC